GAUUAAUUUCUUUGCAACCACAUAAUGUUCUUAUUUACCUAGGUUUUUGUUUUGUUUUAGUACUGGGAAUUGAACUCAGGACCUUGAGCUUGCGAGGCAGGUGUGGUGCCACUGAGCUAAAUCCCCACCCCUUACCUAGGUUUUAAACCAUAACAUCUAAGGUAUGAAACAUUUGACUGGAUGUGUUUGUCUUUCAGGAUUGAUAUGUAUACAGAAGGCAUUAUAGAUUUAUAUGAACUGUUUAUGUGUGUGCUAGUAACUCCAGAUAAAAAAGAUACCCGGAUGGCCUUGAUCAAAGACAGAAGACAGAAUUACUACUUCCCUGUUUUUGAAAAAGUGUUAAAGAGUCAUGGACAAGACUACCUUGCUGGCAACAAGCUGAGCAGGGCUGACAUUCACCUGGUUGAACUUCUCUACUGUGUUGAAGAGGUUGAUGCGAGUCUUUUGGCUGCUUUCCCUCUGCUGCAGGCCCUAAAAACCAAAAUCAGUAACUUGCCCAAUGUGAAGACGUUUCUGUAGCCUGGCAGCCAGAGAGGAAGCUUCCCACUAUUCAGAAAAUGAUGGAAGAAGCAAGAAAGAUUUUCAAGUUUUAAUAAAGUUGGCAUUAGCUAA